AUGCUGUUUGUUUUCUACUGCUUUGUUCUCACCGUUUUGGCUUCUCUAAUACCAGAAGGACAAGGCAAUUGCCGCAAUUUAAAGUUCACCAGUUUUCCUAAACUUGGCUUCCGGUUGGAGAAUCACACGGUUCGAACUAUUGACGUUGUCAACGAGGAUCUCUGCAUGUUUCAAUGCUACCUGGAACCUAACUGCGUCAGUUAUAACUUCUGUGAGAUAAAACAGUCUUCUGGAAAACACAAGUGUGAUCUGAAUAACGCGACUAUUGAACACGAUGAAGACCUGGUGCAAAACGAAAGUUGUAGUUACCGCGGAGCAGAGAAUGCUUGUAAGCAAAAUCCUUGCAAGAAUAACGCAACAUGCCAAGCUGGGUUUACAGACAGAGACUAUCAGUGCUUGUGUGUUAAUGGAUCUGGAUUUAAAGGCCAUAAUUGUGAUGAGGACAUAGAUGAGUGUUUGAACGGAACACACGGUUGUGAUGUGAAUGCUGAGUGUAACAAUACCCUGGGAUCUUACAAGUGCACGUGUAAAGAUGGAUUUCAAGGAAAUGGAACUAAAUGCACAGAUACAAACGAAUGCACUGAAGGAAAACACGACUGUCAUGUAAAUGCUGAGUGUAACAAUACCUUGGGAUAUUACAAAUGCACUUGUAAAGAUGGAUAUGAGGGAAAUGGAACCAACUGUACAGACAUAGAUGAGUGUUUGAACGGAACACACGGUUGUGAUGUGAAUGCUGAGUGUAACAACACCCAGGGAUCUUGUAAGUGCACGUGUAAAGAUGGAUUUCAAGGAAAUGGAACUAAAUGCACAGAUACCAACGAAUGCACUGAAGGUAAACACGACUGUGAUGUAAAUGCUAAGUGUAACAAUACCUUGGCAUCCUACAAAUGCACUUGUAAAGAUGGAUAUGAGGGAAAUGGAACCAACUGCACAGACAUAGAUGAGUGUUUAAAAGAAAUACACGGUUGUGAUGUGAAUGCUGUGUGUAACAAUACCCUGGGAUCUUACAAAUGCACUUGUAAAGAUGGAUAUGAGGGAAAUGGAACCAACUGCACAGGAUUUACAGCUGUGUUUACAAAUCUUGGUAAGAUUGAAUCAGAGGGUCCAAAGUCGAUUGGUAGUCAUUACAAAGAUCAAGACCAUGACGGACAAGUAACAGUGUCCAGCGGUAUUCAAGUGUGGACUGUGCCACGCACUGGUGAAUACAGAAUAGAAGCAAUAGGAGCCUCAGGGGGCUACAGUGAGGACAGUUUUAUCAAAACCGGAGGAAGAGGGGCACGAAUGAUCGGAAACUUUAAUUUGACCAAAGAUGAGAUCAUUCAUGUACUUGUUGGUCAAAAAGGGGGAAAAGGGAAUUCAAACCCAAAAACUGCCGGAGGUGGAGGAGGUACAUUUGUAGUGAGAGAAAACAACAAGCCUUUGAUUAUAGCUGGAGGUGGAGGAGGAAUUAAAAAUGUAUUGGAACAACAUCCUGGAUGUGAUGCGUCCAUAAACACAACAGGGAAUGGAGGGUAUGACUUGCCAUUGGGUUCAGGAGGAAGCAACGGAAAUGGAGGAAACGCCAAUACAGAAUAUUCAGGUGGUGGCGGCGGCGGCUUCUACAGUAAUGGACUAAGCGCUUCGAGCGGUUCUGAUCGAGGAGGUAAAGGAUAUCUUCAAGGAGGAAAGGGUGGAAAUGGUAAGGGUGGGUUUGGAGGUGGCGGUGGUUUUCGUGGAGGUAACCGUGGAACUGGAGGCGGUGGAGGUUACUCUGGAGGAAAUGGUGGAGCUAAUGAACAGUUUUCUUGUGGGGGAGGGGGUGGAUCUUUUAACAGUGGGACAAAUUAG